CUGGUAUUAUCAUAUUACCUUAAUUCUCCUAUUCUCUCAUCAUCAGCCAGCGACAAUGGCUACAAUUACUGUUACUAAUCAUUUCACUGUUCAUAUGAUUUUCAUCACUAAUAGUUGCUCCGCAUAAUGACUCAACCUAGAGCCUAGAUCUGUACCUAUAUACACAUUUCGCAACUAUAUCAAUUUACAGCAAUGAAAGGUAAUUAUACAACAUCUUCGUUGAAGUCGCCGGCCGAUGCACUAGAACGGCCUGUAAAGGUGGAUGAACUGAUAUCCUCAAGUACAGAUGGUCAAACAAGUUCGAAUAGGAUCGUCUUCUUUGAUAAUGAUAUUGGAAUAUGGAAAUGUCGAUGUUGCUCUUGGACCUACAGAAAAGGGACUCCUUGGAUUGAUCAUAUUCAGGACCCUACUAGAAAUCCACGGCAUCGAUGUAUCUUUUGUGAGAUUCGAGGUGGUGAAUUUAAGCAUCUGUUCUCAGAUAUAGGACCUAAUGAUGUUCAAGGUCUUGUUUUUGAGAAAAACGUUGGAGAUAAUGGAUUAUUUUCCACUUCAGUGGAGCUUGAUGCUCAAAGAAUUCAGAGCAAUGGCUUUAACCAUCAAAACGAAGAGAACCACAUUGAUGCCAGCAAUUUGGAUCUUGGGGUUCAGCCUGUUGAAAAAUCUUCUAAUGGAUACAGCAUGAACACCUCUUCUCCUGAGAUAACCGCAGCAAGUGAUGAAGGUAGUCUCAUGAAAGAGACUGACUCUGAAAAAACUGAAUAUGAUGUUGAAAGGGUAUUAGAGAAGCAGAACACCCAUGAUCUCUAUUGCCCUAAUUGUCGUUCUUGUAUUACCAGAAGGGUUAUUCUGCGGAAACGAAAACGGACUGUCUCUAUUUCAAAAGAAUUGGAAACCGAAAUUGUACCUUAUUUAGAUCUUGAUCCUACUGAAGAUCAAGGUGGUAAGGCACUUGAUAAUAAGAGAUUGGCUACAACUGAAAAGGUCACUAUCCAUGAAGGUGGUUCCUCAUCAGCAGCCAAUGAUUCUGAUCGAGAUAAUGAGCCAGAGAUGUUCAGAUGCUUGUCAUGCUUUAGCUUUUUCAUUCCGACAGGUAAUGGUUUUAGACUAUUUAAUCUACCUGGAGAGAAAAUUGCGAAGGAAAACAGAGAAAAAAUUGACACAAUAUCAGCACCAAGGAAGGCCUGGUGGCACUUCAUGUUUCACUCAGAUAAGGUGCCAAACUCAGAAACUGAUAACGAAAAUCUCCAAAAAGGUGACAUUGGAACGUCGAGUGAGCUUUUAUCUCCUUCCGAUUCUUCUAAUAUGCCAGCAAAAGAAGAAACUAACAAGACUGAAUUGCAUGAUGGAAUAAGGAUUGUGCCUUAUCCAGCCAAAGCCCCUGAAUUGUUUGGAAAGGUCAUAUUUAAUGCAGGAGAGAAACCAGAUGGUGCAAUGGAUAAUGGCAGAGCAAAAGAAGAAACUAAUAAAACUGAAUUGCAUGAUGGAACAAUUAUUGUGCCUUUUCCAGCGAAAGCCCCUGGAAUGAUUGGAAAGGUAAUAUUUAAUGCAGGAGAGAAACCAGAUGGUGCAAUGGAUAAUGACAGAGGAAAUGAAGAAACUAAUAAAACUGAAUUGCAUGAUGGGACAAGUGUUUUGCCUUAUCCAGCCAAAGCCCCUGAAAUGAUUGGAAAGGUAACAUUUAAUGCAGGAGAGAAAUCAGAUGGUGCAAUGGAUAAUGACAGAGCAAAUGAAGAAACUAAUAAAACUGAAUUGCAUGAUGGAACAAGUAUUAUGCCUUAUCCAGCCAAAGCCUCUGGAAUGAUUGGAAAGGUAAUAUUUAACGCAGGAGAGAAACCAGAUGGUGCAAUGGAUAAUGACAGAGGAAAUGAAGAAACUAAUAAAACUGAAUUGCAUGAUGGAACAAGUGUUGUGCCUUAUCCAGCCAAAGCCCCUGAAAUGAUUGGACAGGUCAUAUUUAAUGUAGGAGAGAAACCAGAUGGUGCAAUGGAUAAUGGUAGAGGCCGGUUUGCAAUGGAUCAUUCAUCGGCACAAUCUGGUUCCACCAUUGUCAAGCAUACUGGAAAUAUUGUACCUAAGCAUCAACAAGAUGGGCUAAAAGUUUUGGUUAAUGAAAGUUUCAACCCUAUCAAUCCUUUAGUUGUGGAGGAAACAGUGAAAGGUCUGAAUCCCAAUCUGGCAGGACAACAGGAUUUGGAUGGUGUGAACCUCUCGUCAGCAAAAUCAGAUCAAGAACUCAGAGACGCGGCCAUGGAAGAAAAUAUAAUUGGAGAUCUUCAUCCUAAGAAACAAUUUGUUGAAGCCAGACAUAACGAUGGAUCAACAAUUGGAGAUGAAAACUCUCUUAACAAAAGUAGCACCAACUCAAAACCAGAUCAAGAACUCAGAGAUGCGGUUAUGGGAAAAAAUACAUUUGGUGAUCUUCUUCCCAAGGAACAAGUUGUUGAAGUCAAGUAUAAUGAUGGGUCUUCCAUUGAAGAUGAAAAUUCUCUUAACAAAAAUAGCACCUACUGCUUGAACCUCUCGUCAGCAAAAGAAGAUUCAGAACUCAGAGACGCGAUUAUUGAAGAAAAUAUACUUGGUGAUCUUCUUCCCAACAAACAAGUUGUUGAAACCAGGCAUAACGAUGGAUCUGCAAUUGAAGAUGAAAAUUCUCCUAACGAAACUAGCACCAACUUUCUUCAUUUUGGAGUUUCUGGAUAUCCUGUUGUUGGCACUAAGGUGGAUAUACAUAUUGAGAAACCCCUGAAAGAUGAUACGGAUUUAAGUAUAUCCAUUCAUAAUUCUUCACUGCUUCCUGAUAAAAAAGUCACGGGUACAUCAGAUCUGAAAGUUGUCCUGGAAAAUAAAGAUGCAGGUGGUGGUGAUACGGUUAUUCACAUAGGAGACCGGCCUGAGUUUGUAGCUCUUCCAAGCUCUCGUGAUGUGGUUGAAACAGGAGCUGUACAACAAACCAGACAGGCUGAAGCUAGAGGCACUAAUGGGCUGGACAUUGUCAAGAGUAUUGUAUAUGGUGGUCUGAUUGAAUCAAUAACAAGCCUAGGCAUUGUGUCAUCAGCAGUCGGUGCUGAUGCUGCUACAUUGAAUAUUUUUGCAUUGUCAAUUGCCAAUUUGGUUGGUGGGAUUUUUCUGAUUAUUCACAAUAUUUGGGACCUUAGAGCUGAACAUGAUGCUACAAACACUUCUACAGAAGCGACAAACACUAACGUUGAUGGAGCCACCUCCACCCUUAGAAAAGAUCGUUACCUCGAAUUACUAGGCUGUAGAGAAAACUUCUGGAUUCAAGCAACUGUUGGUAUAUUGUCGUUUCUAAUAUUUGGUAUGAUACCUCCUGUUACUUAUGGCUUCUCUUUCCGUAAGAGUGAUGAUAUGGAUUUCAAAUUAGCGGCAGUUGCCACAGCCUCUUUGUUAUGCAUCGCUCUACUUGCUUCUGGAAAAGCGUAUAUCCAGAGACAGCCAGCCAAGGGUUAUGUUAAAACUGUAGUGUACUAUAUUAUUAUGGGAUUUAUGGCAUCAGGCAUUUCUUAUGUAGCUGGUGAUCUUAUCAAGAAGCUGUUGGAGAAACUUGGUUUAUUUGAGUCUGGUGAAGCAGCUUUCAACAUGUCCAUCAUCCAGACAGUGCCAACAGAAACAGUGGGGAGUUCCUCGUAUUAAUUAUCAAGAAAAUGAAAUUUUCUCACUUAGAUCCUUUGAGCAGGAUAUAUUUACGAGGUUUGAUCCAGAAAGAAAUUUGAACGAUUAUUGUAGAAGGAUUGAUUGGUCUUAUUCCCAGUUGCAAAGGUUAGGAUUGAUGCUCCUGAUUUAAGUCAGGUUUACUUCUGCUC